AUUGAUAAAACAAAGAACUCCAUUUAAAUUAUUUUUAAAAUAAAUAAAUUUUAUCGAAAAUUCGACAAAAAAUUAUCAAAGUUUUUUUAGAAAAAAAAAAAAAAUUCAAUUAAAAAAUCAAAAAGAAAAACAAGAAAGAAAAAAUGUCUGAUAACAUGAACGUGGUGGACGAAAAAUUUCGCAGCUAGCCCAGUGUACAACCAUGAUAUUAGCUGCCUAUACUGUGUCUGGCUGGAUUAUAUACACACAUUUUUUAACAACAUAAUAAAAUUGAUAACAAGAAAAUAUUAUAUAAGUAUGCAUACAUGUAUGUAAGGUAUAUCUUAUACUGAUACCGUGUGUAUACACUAAAAAACAAAACAAAAAAUAAUAAUUAAAAAGUGUAUAUUCUUAACACAAUACUUAAUUUUACUAUUUAAUUUUUUUUUGAUAUAAUAAGAAAAAAAAAAUAUAAAAAUCUAGAGAAAAAUAAAAGAAAAUUAAUAAAAGUUUGAAGAAAAUAAGAAGAAAAAAUCAAUAAAACAAAUAAGAAAAAAAUUUUAUUAAAAUAAAUAAUAAAAAAAAAAAAAAAUCAAGAGAAAGAAAGGAAAAAAAAAAAUUUAUCAAUAAUGUCAUCAACGACGAUGAUGCAGUUAGAUCAACCCAGUAUAUUAUCAAGGGUAUUACAUUCCAUACCACAUGUUAAUAUAACAUUUCGUCAUGUUAAUGAUACAUUCGAUCCAGACAGUGAUGUUUAUUUAGAGAGUUUAGGAAUAUUAGCAUCAAUACCAGCAACAUUAUUAAUUUUAGCAUUGUUUGGAUUAUUAUUUUAUUUAUUAACACGUUGUUGCGAUCGUAAGCCACGUAAACCGAAAACACAAAAAUGUCAAAAUUGUACAUUAUUUAUAAUAACAUUAGUCUGUUGUGCAGCAGUAGGUUUAGGCCUUUAUGGAAAUGAUGAUUUCCACAAUGGAUUAUUACAAGCUUUUGCUGCGGGGAAGCAAGUUGAAACUUUAGUUGGUAAUUUAAAAGUACAGACUGAGACUAUUAAAAAUGACCUAGAAACCAAAGUUAAAAAAUUUAAUUUGGAAGAAAUGAUCGAUAAACCAAAUUAUAAUCAAACAGUUGUAACAAUGUUAUUAGAGACAUGUCGUCUAAUACGUGAUAAUGCAUCUAGAGCAGUAACAAGUUUAGAUAUGGUUGUAUAUUUUAUGAAAAAUCAUAAAGCUGAAGCAAAUGCAUUAAUGGGACCGGAUUUAUCAUUACAGAAUAUUUUAUAUAAAUCCGAAUUGUUUGAAGCGAUACGUUGGCCUACAACAUUAACAUUUCUAACAAUUUUAUUACUUUUAUGUGCAGUUUUAUUAAUUGCAGUUGCAAGACGUUCAAGAUGCGCUUUAAUAUUUUUUAGUGUUUGCGGUUUAUUCGGUAUUAUAAUUUGUUGGUUUUUAGCUGGUAUUUAUUUGGCAAGUUCAGUUGCAUUAGGUGAUUUUUGUAUGAAACCAGUUGAUCAUAUGUGUCGUCAAGUCGGAACGAAAAAUCCGGAUGAUGUUUUUUAUUUAAAUUGUGGUACACUUAGAAAUCGUUUUAUUUUACGUUUAAAUGAAUCAAGAGAUUUUGUUGAAAGAUCUAGGGAAUCUGUUUAUCGGGUUUCGAAAAUGAGUCGUGAAGUACGUCCGACUAUUGAAAUACAAGGAUCAUGUGAAAGUAUGAUUAAAGCAUUACAAGAAAUUAAAGAAAAAUUAACAACAUUAUCGGCAAGUUUAGAUCAUCGUAAUAUCGAUAAACAUUAUUUAAAUGCUUUAAGCGGAAUCUGUGGAAAUUCUCUAUUAGGUUUAAGUUUAAUGAUGGUAGCUGGUAUAUUAACAGCAUUUUUAUUAACAAUAUUAGUUUAUGCUGCUUCACAUGCAUGGAUUUAUUUAACUAAAAAACAAAGUGAUAUUGAUAAAUCUGAAACAGCACCAUUAUUCCCAGCAUCACCGGCACCAACAGUUUCUUCACCAACAGCACCAAUAUUAGGUUCUGGUACAUUAAAUCGAACAUUAUUACAUUCGGCUAGUGAAGAAAGACAACGAAAUGGAUCAGCAAGAACAGGGUUGGCAAAUAUUCCUCUACCUACAUUGAAUAAUAGUGGUAGUGGUGAAUCUCCACCACCUGGUUAUGAUGUUGUGGUGCAUGGCACAAGAGCAUCAUCAGGUCAUCAUACUUUAGGGCGUUUACCAUCACAAACAUCAUAUUUAGCUGGUCCAAAUAAUGGAAAAUAUGCAACACUUAGUAAACAAUGUAAAACUUUAGAAGCAAACGACUUUUACUGAGAAUCGCUUGCCUGCAAUCAAAAUGCAGGCAAUAGCAGCUCUACGCAAAAUUUAUCUAGCAAUUUAAUUAAACCACAAUAUUUAUCAUCAACAUUGCCACGUUCGGCAGCAAUCGCAAAAAAUCAAACAGCAAUUGAUCCAAU